AUGAUUGCUUGUUUAAAUAAGUUCGAAGAUAUCAUAAAAGUAUUACUUAAUUAUUCUGAACUCGAUCUCGAAGUGCUAAAUGAUAUACAACUCAUUGAAAAGGAUCAAAGUUUAUUAAUGUAUGAAAAUGUGACUGUUUUAUGGGCAGCAGCUGCCAUCGAUAAUUUUAAAAUCGUGAAAUUACUUGUCGAACAUGGGGCUCGAAUUAAUCACAAAACUAAAACGAAUUCAACAGCAUUUCGUUGUGCUUGUUGCAAUGGUAAUAUUAAUAUUGCUCAUUAUUUGAAUGAGAACGGUGCUGAUACUCGUAUUACCAAAAUACAUAACGAAACGAAUCUUAUGGCAAGUGUUUACAAUGAAGAUUUACAAAUGACAACUUAUCUAGUGGAUGAAUUAGGUUGUGAUGUGAAUGAAACGACAAAUGAUGGACGUUCAUCCCUUUACAUUGCUGUAGGUCGUAAAUCACUUGAACUAGUUCAAUUUUUACUAAAGCAUGGUGCUCGAAAUUUUCAAACAAAUUAUGAUCAUAUGUCUCCAUUAUUAUUAGCAGCAGAAAAAAGACAAAUUAGUCUUGUCAAUGUUAUUUCUCCACAAUGUUCAUUGCUUGAACAAAUCGAAGCGCAAGAAUUAAUUGGCAGUGCUUUUGCUUGCCGUGAACAUGGCAUUUGUGAUCUUAAAAAGUCGUUUGAAUACUUCUAUCGAGCACUUGAACUUCGGUCUACAUAUAAUCUUCCUAAAGUUCGACAAUUAUCAACUGUUGAAGUACUUGAUAAUCGACAAGAAUGUCAAACAAUUGAUGAACUAAAAAAAAUUCGAUUAAAUGAUGAUCAUAUGUACACAGAAGCGUUACUCGUACGUGAACGUUUGCUUGGACCUACUAAUGUAAGAUAUUGUCGUUCUCUUCGAUUUCGUGGUGCCCUUCUAGCUGAUAGUGCACAGCAUCAUCGAGGAGUUAAUUUUUGGUUAUAUGAACUUAGCUUACGUCGGCAGUACUCAUUAUCUAUUGAUAUCAAUGAUUUGCGUCAAUGGGCAUCGAUUUUUAGUGACAUGAUACGUAAAUCACUAUGGAUAUCGAUUGUGGCUUGGCAGACAAUAAUAACAGUAAUAGUUGACGAGUUAGAGCAUAAUAAGAAGGACUUUGAUUAUAAUUUACAUACUUUACUCUUCUUAAUAACUAUUUUUAGUCAAGUAUUGAAAUGUUUAGCAAAAAUUUUAUUACUUUGUCUAUCGAAAUUUUCUUUUUUAGGCUCUGUUAAAAUCAAUGAUUUCACAUGA